CCAUUUCUCCCUCCCCUAUUCCUCCCUGAGAUUUGAUAUCCUGCCCGUCUAGAUUCCGGUUUCCAGUUUGAACUUUCCCCGAGUCCUCGGAUUACACACAAUAUACAAAGAUGUUGAUUAAAGUUCGCACCCUUACCGGCAAGGAGAUUGAGCUGGAUAUCGAGCCUGAUUACAAGGUGUCCCGGAUAAAGGAGCGUGUCGAGGAGAAGGAGGGUAUCCCACCUGUUCAGCAACGGUUGAUCUUUGGUGGAAAACAAAUGGCCGAUGAUAAAACCGCAUCGGAAUACAACCUCGAAGGAGGUGCGACGCUACACCUCGUUCUCGCGCUCCGUGGUGGAUCUCUGACCUUGUAAACGCCUACCUUGAGUCCUGAACAUCGUACUCCACCGGGGUUGCGAAUAGUGUGCAGUGUCUGAAUAAGCUGGGUGGUUUUCUGCAGUUGACACUCGAAGCCACGCCGAUCAUUGUGGCAUGAACCCAGCUCAUCUAUGUUUUCGUUCACUAUACCCUGGAGGUGGAAGCGGGCUGUCCAGUGCUGGCUGCAAGCGAAUGGUGUUUUAAUAUCAGGAAUGCGUCCUGAACCCGCAUAGCAUGUCUGUGUCACAUGCAUGUCGCCCCCGACUCAGAAUGACUCUUAAUGUGCCACACCAACGCAGUAAUGAUAAGCUUCACGAAAGAAUUCUCA